CGGCCGAACCUGGUUCCGCGUCGCGGGGCCGCGCGCUGCGGGGCGAGCGGUCGCAUGGAGCGCGGGGCGGUGCGGCGCCUCGCCGCCCGGCUGGGCCUCACCGAGCCCAGCGUCGUCAGAAAAGCUGAAGAGUAUCUGCGGCUGUCCCAGGUGAAAUGCACAGGAUUGAUGGCUCAAAUGACAGCGACAAGCAGUGCUGUGAUGUGCCUGGACCUAGCAGCUAGUUUCAUGAAACAACCAGUUGACAAAAGCUAUUUUGUUAAACUCUCUGGUUUGAAGAAGACAACCUACCAGAGCUCCAUGAAGUCUUUGGAGUGUUUGCUAGAGGUGAACCCCAGAUUGGGAAUGCGAGACUUGGCUGUGCAAUUCUGCUGCACAGAGGCAAUGAGCACCGCUUCAAAAAUACUACAGAGGUAUGAAUCCAGCCUCUCUGAAGCACAGCAAAUGGACCUUGAUUUCUCAAAACCACUUUUUGUAACAGCUGCACUAUUCACUGCAUGCAGGUGUUUGAAGCUAAAAGUGGACAAAACUAAAAUGUUGGCUACGUCUGGGGUGAAAAAAGCAAUCUUUGACCGGCUGUGCAGUCAGCUGCAGAAGAUAAGCCAGCAACUCAGCAAAGAUGUUCCACUGGCUGCAGAGACCACUGAAAGCUUGAACGCCAACCUGGAGCAUUGUGAGAAGGAAGAUGGAUCUGAAGAUGACAAGGAGAUGCCAUGUAAACGGCCAAAGACUGAAACAAAGCAAGACUAUGAAGAAUGGAAAAAGAAAAUCCUGGAAAAUGCUGUUAAGGCACAAGAGACAAGUAUGGGACUGAAGUCUCUUGUGCUUCUAACAGGUCCCAAAUAUUCCAAGAAACAAUAAAGAUAGUAGGAGGAAAAGCUUUGUAUUAUAUCAGGUUCUUGGCACUUGUCAUAUAUAAAACCCUUAGAGCACAAAAUAAAAAGACAUACAGGAGAUGUCUGUUCUUUAAGAAGGAAGAUACCCAGGGGACAAGGAUCUUGUCUAGGUAAUACAGGUUUUUUGCCUCUCACAGUCACAAGCUUAGCGAAGAGGAGACAGUGCCCUGCCCUGUAGUUCUUAGAGGCAACUUCUCUGGUCCUACACUUGCAUCCCAGCUAGUCAAACUACAAUUUGUGUUAAGUACUUUUUGAGAAAAAAAAAAAAAAAUCACAACUUUGGCUGAUGUAACUAUAAUAAAACCAAUCCAAGUCUUCUGCCCAUUUCUCUUGCAUGUUUUCUGCCUGAGAUGUGCAAAGCAAAGUUAACUCAUAAACCCUUGUUUCAAAACAGCCCAGAAAACCAUAAGUGUCCAUAUGAAACAAGAUAAAUUAUGUCAUGUCUGAGCAUUUAAGAUUUAAAACACUGCUCCCAUAUGAGUUUCUUCUCAUCAGUAAUUUAAUGGCUUGCCAAAUGCCUCACUGCUGUGCGUACUCCCUGCUUACCUGGCUGACGCUGAUUGCACCAGGAUUACGAGAGCUGAUAUCAUUAACUGCUUUAGAUAUCAGUGUAUGGGGCCAGUUCUUUUUGUCAUACUUACUGUUCCAGUGACUCACAGGUCACCUCUGGUUUGUUCUUUUAGCUUUUUGUAGACCUCAAAGCAGAAACAUCCCAUAAGGCUGCAGAGGUGGGUUCCAUGGUACUGCAGAACAACGUGAUGGCUGCCAAAUCUAAAGGGAUUUCUUUCUAUUAGAAAUUAAAUAGUAAUCCUGCUGGCCAAAUGCACCUUCUCUUUGUAGAAAAUGGAGAGGAAAUAGGUACAAGACAGCAGAAAGCAUACAUGUGUUACCUUCUUAAAAAAUAAGAGGAAGAAGCACACAGUAAUUGGAAAAUUAAAACCUACUGGACAUUUUCCUUUCACUUCUCCCAAUGCAUAAAAAAAGAAAUCACUUGAAGCCAACUUUACUUGAAUUAGCAAGAGCUAAUUUCAUUCCAGAUGAGAGUUCUGAAACGUAACAGUAAGUAUUGGGGAACAGACUCCAAACAAUUGUCUGAUGUGCAGAGAAAGUACUGGAUAAUUAACCCACAUUGAGUAAGAGCUGUAACAAAAUGUCUGCCAUUUACAGUCUGAUCUAAUAUGUAGCAGAGGGUCCUCAGAAUGGGAGAGAAUCCAACCUAGUACAUUAGCAUUCUGUUGUUAAGACCUGCUCAGAAAUACUUUCAGGUUUGUUUGGCAGGGGGGUUAAUUUAAACCAAAAUGAGGAAUAGGCUUGUUCCACUUUAAUGGAAUUUAUUAGUAUUAAUUCAGAAAUAUACAGACCAAUUAAUAUAAUCACAUUUAGCAUGCAGAACUACUGUGGAAGGAAAACAUGAACUAAAGUGGGCCUUCACAGAAGGUGAUACACUGUCAAUAUUAUUUUACUUGAUUUUAAUAAUUUUGCUCUGUCUCAAUUCUGGAAAUGCUGCAGAAGCCCAGAAUUCAGGACUAUGCAAAGUGAGAAACACUGGAGUGGAAAAGAUAACUAGACUAGGGUAAGCCAGUCUUACAAACCUCCUUAUUAGCAAAGAACACUUUUGCAAAUUCAAGGGAUGUGAAAGUCCAUAAAGGUAAAGGGAGCUUUACAGUGAUUUGAUGCCUUUGCUGGAAAGCUAGUUUUAGUACUGUUAGUUUCUGGUUUUCCUAGGAGCCCAUCCAGCCCACACUGUGUUUUGCAGAAUCUAGAACAGGAAUAAAGGAAACCACAGGUUUAAUAAAUAAUGUUACACUUUUAGCUGAGAGGUUGUAAGGGGCUCCAACUCUUUAUACAUCAGGAAAAAGUUUAAAAUCCAAAAUAAGUUAGUAUUGUUAAGAAAACAUUUAAUGUUCAAGAGCAAACUGGGGGAAAAAAACGGGCUUCAACCUCCUAACUGGGCUAAAGGCAAAGUCUGGCAACACACCAUUUCCCUGCCACUGAACAGCAAUAAAACCUGUUUUGCAUAUCACACCAUAUUAGUUUCUCAGACUUCACUAAAAUUGUCCAAAAGGAGAAAACAAUCCUCAAACUAAAACUUAGAAAAUUAAGGGCUGCAGUCACAGCCAAUGAGAAGCACUUACAAGUUUUAAAUACAUACAAAAUGAUGUCUGGCAAUCUUUUCUGGACAACAUGAGAUCUUUUUGCAUAGACCUAAUGGUCAUUAGGUGAUUUUUAUUUGUGGCAGUUUCACCUAUCUCCCUUCCAACAGUUCAAUCAAUUCACCAUGAGAAAAAGCAUCAGUGGACCGACUGACUUCAGUUGCUUCAAACCAGGAUUCCUCAUACUUCCUAACUAUGCAGUGGCUAUUUUUUAAAGGAGAGGGCAGAAUUAAAAAAAAAUAAACAACAACCCAAAACUGUUCAGCUCUGAGUAGCUGCAGUGAAUCAUCAUCAUCAUGUUUGGAGGAAGAAAUUAAUUUUUGAAAAAAUUACAGAAGAAAAGGAUGUCCCAUAUCUUUUGUUCUACAUAACAAACAUCUGAGGGAAAAAUUGUGCCACUCUUGUGGCAAUGCUCUGAAAUUGAUGACAUACAUCAGUCAUGAAGAAAGUCUGUAGAGAUCCCAUGCUUGAUGUGAGAAACCAGAAAACUGACAAGGUGUUUUCUUGUGUAAACACACCAACAAUACUCUGCAGAAGCAAAGCCUUCAGCAAGAAGUCAGCCCCAAUAACAGCCAUGUUUUUCCAUCACUAUGUACAACAACUAAAAACUUGUAAAUAGAAACAAGGUAGCUUCUGCUUUGAGAAAUUAUUUCAGUGCCUCUUCCUUGAGGUGCUUCUGGAACCUUAGCACUACCACACAUAAUAUUUGAGGAGGACAAACCCAAAACCUUAUGUUAUAAAACAAAGGGGUAGAAAUUAUUGAAUAUACUGAGUCCUUCCAUGGCUUCAUGUCCAUCUCCAAGAGUGGCAGAUGCUUCAUAUAAGCUUAGGCAAGCUUGACAGACAUACUCUGAAAUCUCUUCAGCCUAUUAGCAGCCGCCACCACAUAAAAAUGUUUCUGUGAACGAAACAGAACAGUCCAAGUGUGAGUGCAACUGAGGUAAAGGACCUUUUCUGUGGCUGACAUGGAUUUUUCUUCUUGGUAAAUCCAUUUACCUCUAGCGAUCCACACCUUGUGUGGACCGCAGUGCAGAACAGCUUUGUACUGGGGAACCACUGAUGACUGCAGUGCAGACUGCUGGUACUGUGAACUUCUGCAGCAUUAUUACAAAUUGUACAGUGAUACGUCUUUAGGUUAUGUAUUUUUUUAAAAUGCGAGUGCAGAAGUCUGUGACCAAACAGCUGGAGUGCAGGAGUGGAAAAAGUGUAAGGCUCUGGUUUAACUCCUUGGCAAGGAAUUACAACUCUCCAGUGACAAAAGAAAAGGAAAUGGUCCUCACUGAGUUUUCUUCACAUUUCCACAGGCUUCUUUGUAACAAAAUCGCUGUGUUCACCUUUCAGGAUCGAUUAUCUAUAAUCCAAUAAAGAUUCCAAUA